UGACCGUUGGGAUUAUGCUUUUGAAAUAGCUCGGUAUAACAUGGGGUUUUACUCCAUCAAAGAGUAAAAAAAAACCCUAAACCCAUGUGUUUAAAGGAUUUACACUCCGUAGUAAAGGAGCUACAGUACUGGACGCUUUUGGAGGAGACUGACCUGUUAGGACACUGCUGAAUAUAAUGUUUUGGCUGGUGGAGUUUACUCGGACGCUGCUGAAGCAGGUCCGCGGCUCCGCGCCGUACAGCCUCCGUGCGGCGGUCGGUGGGAGAGUCCACGCGGGGGAGGAGGAGGAGCGGGAACGGCCUCGCGCGCCGGGACGUGAGCAGGAUGCCAGCGGUGUUCGCGCGCUGCGGUUACGGGGGAUUUCUCGCGCCGCGGCUGCUACAGCUGCUCCCGCCGCCACUCGUGCAGGACCCGGAGGCUCGCGCCCGCUCUCGCGCUUAGAAGAAGGAGCGAGCAGGCAGAAGGCUCGUGCUCGUGCCCGUGCUCGUGCGCGCGCUCCAGCUGUGUGCUGCUCGGUGCAUUGGUGCACCUGAUCCUGUAGCUUCUGCUGUUUCUGCUUUUGCUGCUGCAAUCUAAAGAGAGGUUCUGGAUGAUGCAGCAGUCUCUGCAGGCCUGCAGUGCUGAUGGAGGAUGGAAGCAGUGUUUGGCUUUAUGAAAUAUGAAAUAUGGAUGGCGUCCUACAUCAUAGCCUGGAUGCUUCCUCUCUGCCUUCGUUCACAAUACUGCUGCGUCAUUCUUCCAGCGUAGGCUUUUACCCACCAGCCCCUGAGGGUGAAGAUGAUGUGUGAGGUGAUGCCCACGAUAAGCGAGGACACGGCCAUGAGCCAGCGAGGGUCUCAGAGCAGCGCCUCGGAUCCGGACUCGCACUUCGAGCAGCUGAUGGUGAACAUGCUGGACGAGCGGGACCGUCUGCUGGACACUCUGAGAGAGACUCAGGAGAGCCUGGCACUCGCCCAGCAGCACCUGCAGGACGUCAUCUACGACAGAGACUCCCUACAGCGCCAGCUCAGCUCCGCACUGCCACAGGAAUUUGCAGCCCUGACGAAGGAGCUGAACGCCUGCCGGGAGCAGCUGCUGGAGAAAGAGGAGGAGAUUUCAGAGCUGAAGGCCGAGAGGAACAACACCAGGCUGCUACUGGAGCAUCUGGAGUGUUUGGUGUCGAGGCACGAGCGAUCGCUCCGUAUGACGGUGGUGAAACGUCAGGCCCAGUCCCCCUCAGGAGUGUCCAGUGAGGUGGAGGUCCUUAAGGCCUUAAAGUCACUGUUCGAGCACCACAAGGCCCUGGACGAGAAGGUGAGGGAGAGACUGCGUGUUUCACUAGAAAGAGUAUCCGCCUUGGAGGAGGAGCUGACUGCUGCCAAUCAGGAGAUUGUUGCCUUACGGGAACAGAAUGCCCACAUUCAGAGGAAGGUGGCAUCAGGAGAGGGAGAGGACCUUCUGGAGACUGCUGAUCAGAAAGUCCAUGGCAAGCGUAUGUCGAACGGCUCUCUGGAGUCCGGGGAUGAAGCGGGUCAGGUGGUGGAGCUGCAAGAGCUGCUGGAGAAGCAGAACUUUGAGCUGGCCCAGAUGAAGGACCGGAUGUCCUCACUGUCCUCCAGAGUGUGUGAGGUGGAGCAGGAGCUAGAGACAGCCCGCAAAGACCUAAUCAAGAGCGAGGAGAUGAACAACAAGUACCAGAGAGACAUCAAAGAGGCCAUGUGUCAGAAGGAGGAUAUGGAGGAGCGGAUUGUAACUCUGGAGAAACGUUACCUCAGUGCCCAGCGAGAGUCCACCUCACUGCACGACAUCAGCGAUAAACUGGAGAACGAACUGGCCAAUAAGGAAGCUUUCCUCAGACAGAUGGAGGAGAAGAACAGGCAGCUGCAGGAGCGGUUGGAGUUAGCUGAGCAGAAGCUGCAGCAGACUAUAAGGAAAGCAGAGACGCUGCCGGAGGUGGAGGCUGAACUCGCUCAGAGGAUAGCUGCUCUUACUAAGGCAGAGGAAAGGCAUGGCAGUAUUGAGGAGCGAAUGCGACAGUUAGAAGGGCAGCUGGAGGAGAAGAAUCAGGAACUUUUGAGGGCUCGUCAGAGGGAGAAGAUGAAUGAGGAGCACAAUAAGCGUUUGUCGGAUACAGUGGACCGCCUGCUAACAGAGUCUAAUGAGCGGCUCCAGCUACAUCUGAAGGAAAGGAUGGCAGCACUAGAGGAGAAGAAUGUUUUAAUACAGGACUCAGAUAGUUACAGAAAACAGCUGGAGGACUCCAUUCAUGAAAAGGGUCAACUGGCGGAGGAAAUUGAAAAGCUCAGGUCAGAGCUCGACCAAUUCCGCCUGAGGGCAGGGUCACUAACGGAGCCAACGCUAUCACGGUCUCAUCUGGAUGCAUCAACAGAGCUGCGUUACUCUCUGGGCUCUCUGGCAGAGACUCAGUCUGACCACUACCGCUCAGCCAAGGUCAUCCGCCGACCGCGAAGAGGCCGCCUGGGGCUCCGGAGAGACGAGCAGAAGGCAAAGUCUCUGGGUGAGCAGGAAUGGAGGUCGCAGCAGCUGGGCAUACUGGGUGGCCAUCCAUUUGAAAGUGAUACAGAAAUGUCGGACAUAGAUGACGACGACAGGGAGACACUUUUCAGCUCGAUGGACCUCCUGUCCCCCGGUGGUCACUCGGAUGCUCAGACACUCGCCAUGAUGCUGCAGGAACAGCUAGAUGCCAUUAACAAGGAAAUACGGCUGAUCCAGGAGGAGAAGGAGUCAACGGAGCUGCGGGCGGAGGAGAUCGAGAACCGUGUAGCCAGUGUGAGUUUGGAGGGAUUAAACCUGGCUCGAGCUCAUCACCCCGCAGCCUCCAUCACCGCCUCUGCUACAGCUUCAUCACUGGCCUCCUCAUCACCACCCAGCGGCCAUUCUACCCCCAAACUCACCCCCCGCAGCCCCGCACGCGACAUGGAGCGCAUGGGGGUCAUGACCUUGCCCAGUGACCUGAGGAAGCACAGGAGAAAGAUUGCAGCAGUAGAUGAGGACGGUCGGGAGGAUAAAGCCACUAUAAAGUGUGAAACAUCUCCUCCACCCACGCCACGCCAAGUCCGCAUGACACACACACUCCCAGCAUCCUCACACAAUGACGCACGGCUGGCUGCUACAUUAGAGACAGAAGCCAGUGCGCUGAGCAGUGUAGCUAGCAGCCAGGACUCGCUCCACAAACAGCCGAAGAAAAAAGGAAUAAAGUCCUCUAUCGGCCGGCUGUUUGGGAAAAAAGAGAAAGGCAGACUGGGACAGCUGGGAAAAGAUAUAAUGGGACCAGGACAAGGAAACGUGUCUGACCCGGAGUUACUGGGUCAGGAGAUCGGUGUGAGUAAACUGGGCACUCAGGCAGAGAAAGACCGCAGGCUGAAGAAAAAGCACGAGUUGCUGGAGGAGGCAAGGAGGAAAGGGCUGCCCUUCGCUCAGUGGGACGGCCCAACUGUAGUAGCUUGGCUGGAGCUGUGGUUGGGGAUGCCAGCGUGGUAUGUGGCAGCGUGUCGUGCAAACGUGAAGAGCGGGGCGAUCAUGUCAGCACUGUCGGACACGGAGAUCCAGCGAGAGAUCGGGAUCAGUAACCCCCUGCAUCGCCUCAAACUCAGACUGGCCAUUCAGGAGAUGGUCUCACUGACCAGCCCCUCAGCCCCACCCACAACCAGAACCCCUUCAGGCAAUGUGUGGGUGACCCACGAGGAAAUGGAGACGCUUGCAGCCCCCUCUAAAACGAAAUCCGAGUCAGAGGAGGGAAGCUGGGCUCAAACUCUGGCAUAUGGGGAUAUGAAUCAUGAGUGGAUUGGAAACGAGUGGUUGCCCAGUCUCGGCCUACCUCAGUAUCGCAGCUACUUCAUGGAAUGCCUGGUGGAUGCGCGUAUGCUCGAUCACCUGACCAAGAAGGACCUCAGAGUGCACCUGAAGAUGGUGGACAGUUUUCACAGAACCAGUCUACAGUAUGGAAUAAUGUGUCUAAAGAAGUUGAACUACGACCGCAAGGAGCUGGAGAGACGGAGAGAGACCAGCCAACACGAGAUGAGAGAUGUUCUGGUGUGGAGUAAUGAGCGGGUGAUUCGCUGGGUUCAGAGCAUUGGUCUUCGGGACUACGCAAACAUCCUCCUGGAGAGCGGUGUGCACGGAGCGCUGAUAGCCCUCGACGACAACUUCGACUACAGCAGCCUGGCACUGCUGCUGCAGAUCCCCAACCAAAACACUCAGGCCCGUCAGAUCCUAGAGAGAGAGUAUAAUAACCUGUUGGCGCUGGGAACUGAGAGACGUCUAGAUGAGGAGUUUCGGGGACCCUCGUGGAGACGGCAGUUUCCUCCCCGGGACAUCCACGGGAUCAGCAUGAUGCCCGGAUCAGCCGAGACGCUGCCAGCAGGAUUCCGCCUUACAGCCACAUCAGCACACUCCCGCAGACUACCACCAGAGGUUCUGUAUGAAGUGACGGAUGACAGUCCAGACGACAUGUAUUUGGACUGGUUUCAAGUUGGGCCAUCAGCAGUGCAGCGGCUGGACAGUUCCACUGUGAGGACCUACUCCUGCUGAGAGAGGGAGGACCCACUCACUGAACUAUGUAUUUUCUAGAUGAGUCUUAUCGUAUUGUUGUGGGAAAAGGUCCCCGGGCCUGGACGGAGAAUUCUUCAGAGUCACACUGCCAAGAGAACAAAUGUUGCUCCAAGGGAGAGGGGCAGAAGGGGGCAGGGGAUUGCCAGUUUCCCCUCCUGCCCCCCAAUGUCUACGUAAAAAUAAGCCAAGGCCACAACCCAGGCACCUUGUCGAGGUGCUAAUUCACUCCUGCCCUUUCUACCUUUUACACGACCCUCGUCCCUCCGUGCACCUGCAGUGCCACUAUUCUACAUGGGACGUGCAGGUUUAGCUGUAAAUGACUAUAAAUACGCUGUUUUUUAUAUAAAUAUAUAUCUAUAAAACAUGUCUGUAUAAAAGAAGAAGAAAAAGAAAAAAUAAUAAUAUGAGAAUAUAUUCAAACUUUGUGCAGAUUUUGUCCCUUAAUGUAAUUUGUAAUUCACCUCUGGUUUGGCGGGAAGCCUGCGCCGUACAGUUAGAGCUUCCUUCUGCUCCGACACGACCGACCCGGCGUCUAAUUAGCCGUAAGCUUCAGUAUGGAGUGGAUGUUGGAGGAGGGGAAACAUGAACGGUACAGUAAAGGCAUCGCAGGACUGGAGUGGAGAACCACUGGUUUAAACAGUGCUGCUCUUUAAACGGAGAGAGGACUACAUGCUGUUUCGUUUUGUUUUUUCGUUUCGUUUUUCUUUGGUUUUCUCGCCAUCGUGUGGACGAGUGUGUUGAGGUCCUUCAUGCUCUGCUGGUUCCCGUCGAACACAGGCAAACACCUUACCCAUCACACACUCCGGAGUGAAACCCUCUGAAGGCUGUUUCAGACUGUUUUUGUUGGGAUUGUGCAGUUCAAGAAUUUUGAAAGUGGUUCUAGAAUGUAGAAUGUGGUAGAACUUCGUCUUAGAUGCCAUUGUGACAUCAUACAUAGAGACUCUCUUGAUGCAACAUUCCCGUCGUCUGGCACGACAGUCGUGUCACUGAUGAAAGGGUUAAAUAUUUGAGCCAGGGUUUGGCGCUGCUACAAGUGGCCUACACCACUGUUCUCCCUGUACUUCAACGCUAUUGCAAGCAAUUUACAGGUUCAAGAUGGGCACUGUUCUGAAUGGUUCGUUUGGCACUAUAUAGGGACCUAGUGAGAAUGCCUUUAUUUUAACAAUUAAACAUUUUCCAAACCCUUUGGAACUCUAAACAAUGCAGUGCACAAAUAUGUAUAAUUUCUUUACUUCAUUGCUCUUAAGGUCUUGUGGGAUGCCACAUAAUAUGCUAACAUAAAACAGCUUACAAAUCAUUUUCGGUUCCAGCAAGGGGAUAUAAUAACCAACUAUUAAAUAUAGGGUUUAAAAAGUCCAAGGGCCUGCAGUUGUGGGGUUAAUUCCCACACAGGUCAUUGUCUUCAGUUGGGUGUGUUCUCAGCAAAUUAGCUAUGAUUAAAUGCCCCUAGGCAUGAGUGAAUGCUUGUGUGUACCCUGUGAUGGACUGGCAGAAUUCCUUGAGCCCAAUUAUUCCAGGUAAGCUCUGGACCCACUGCAAUCUGAACAUGGACAAAUUGGUUAAAUGCAGGGGUUCUUAACCUGGGGAUGUGACACCCUCCCUGGGGGAUGGUGAGGGUGAUGCUGCACGCUGUAUGUGACUGGAACUCUUAAAGCUCAUCAGAGUGCAGUUAAAACGAUGAUAAAAAAAAAACUAUACCCCACCAUCUUUACUGAACGUUAUUUUACUAAACUUAACGUAUAUAGAAGUAUAUCUGAUUAAACAUUGCAGAAUGAAUAAUGAAUAAAUCUACUAAACAAAAGAUAAAAUAUAUGUGUACAUUUCUUUGUAUUGUACAUUUUGGUUUGACAUCACAAGGUCGCACAGGAAACUCUGCCAAAGAACCUCCCUAAGAACCAAUACAAAGGCUAGUGCCCUAUGUAGUGCACAGGUUUUGCCAAAUAUGGGGUUAUUCGAUAUAAGACUGAACUCAAUUUCAGUUUCAGAAACUCAUUACUCUACAAACAGCACCGCAGACCACCACCAACCACCCCACCGGCUUCACCUCGAUAACAGCCACACCCCCUCUUCAACACUGGUAGGAGAAAUAACUACAAGACAGGCGUAGCUCCUAGUGAACGUAGAGUGUAUAUCAAUUGUCGAAGUCCAGACUAAACUUUUAAAAGACGAACCUGUUGCUUUCUGUGACUUAUUUUGGUGUAAAACUGUUGAACUAUUUUCUGUAGAAGUUGCGGGGUAACCUCUUGUACAGAACCUCCUUCCUGUCUUCGAGUUAUUUCUGCCGCAAUGCGGAUCUGCAGAGUUUAUACAUCCUCGUUUUGCACGUACAGAGAAAUCAUUUUAUUUUGUGUCCAUUUUUUUUAUUUAUUACUGAUUGUAUUUUGGUCAAAACUAUGUGGUGAUCAAAGAGAAUUUUCAUUGUCAAUAAAAAGUAACGUCAAA